AUCCGUAUUCACCUCCCCGCUGACGUACCCGCUGCGAGCGACUUCCACCGACGCCGCCUCUUACCUCCGACUUCCCUCGCCGCAACACCUCAAUUGCCCAAUCCACCCUCGCCGCAGUUUCGCCUGACCUCUGGACCACCCCAGAGGCACCCGUACUGACAGUGCACCUACCGCAGACAAAUACAGAUAGCUAUGGCGUCCCAACCGACCCCGAGCCCCCAGGCGGCCAAUCUCGACCGCUACGUCGUCAUUCACGUAGCUACCACCUGUGACGAGCACGGCGUCUACGUGACAAAGGAUUCAGCUGAGGUCAUUGAGCUCGGCUGGAUUCUCCUCGAUGCAAAGUCGUGCGAAGAGCUACACCGCGAGUCCGUCCUCGUGAAGCCCGUCAACACACCAAUCACGGCUCUGUGCACCAGCUUGACAACCCUUACCUGGGACCAGGUCCGCAACGCUGGCUCCUUCCGUGAUGCCAUCGAACGCUUCAACAACUUCCACGCCGAGCACAUUGCCCCCAAAAACCUCGAGUUUGCUUUUGUCACUCUUGACUCGUGGGACCUCCGCGUCCAGCUGCCGCGUGAGGCUAGGGACAAGGCCGUUGUUCUUCCCCCAUACCUCCAACACUCCCGUACAUUCGACCUACGCACUGAAUACCAGCGCUGGCAGGCACACCACCCAGAGUCGUUGCCGUUUGGCUCUAGCGCCUUGACCAACAUUUGUGCGGCUCUUGAAGUGGAGCCUGUCCAAUCGUCGGCGCCCAUCAAACACAACCUGCCCUUUCACUUGCAAGCCCUCGCCCCCGCCUCGCCGCGGCGGGCAAUGGAGGAGGCCGUCACACUUGCACGAGUUCUCCGUGGCCUGAUUCGCAAGUCGCAGCCACCUCAGGACCACCCUGACGUACUUACCAAACCCAUGGACGCCAGGGCUGACGUGCGCGCCUUUUUGUCCGAGCGCAGCAAGGUUCUUCACAUGAGCGGCCUUCCCCAUGACACUACUCAGUCAGAGCUUGAGAGCUGGUUCACGCAGUUUGGCGGUCGUCCUAUUGCUUUCUGGACCCUCCGUACCCCAGACCAGCACAAGCCCACUGGCACUGGCUUCGCCAUCUUUUCUUCCCACGAGGAGGCUGCUGAGAGCCUCUGCAUGAACGGCCGCGCUCUCAACGAAAAGGCCAUUGAAGUCUCGCCUUCGUCCACUCGCGUUCUCGACCGUGCCUCUGAUAUCAUCACACCAUUCCCACCUAGCAAGAACCGACCUCGCCCUGGUGACUGGAACUGCCCUUCUUGUGGCUUCUCCAACUUCCAGCGCCGUACCGCUUGUUUCCGAUGCUCGUUCCCUGCCAUGCAACAAGGCCCGCCAGGUGGUGACCCCAUGGCCUACGGCGGAUACGGAUACGGAGGUCAUCCAGGUAUGAUGGGCCCUCCCCAGCACCACAUGGGCCACGGCCACGGUCACGGUCACGGAAUGGGUGGUGGACACAUGCGUGGAGGUACUGGUGUCGUUCCCUUCCGUGCUGGAGACUGGAAGUGCGGUGAGAAUGGCUGCGGAUACCACAACUUUGCAAAGAAUACUGCCUGCCUCCGCUGUGGAGCUAGCCGUGCCGGCGCUGCUGUCGUUGCUGAUUCCGCAUUCCCGUCGCCAAUGGACACGCCCUCUGGUUUCGGCAUGGGUCCUCCUUCCAUGGGCGCUGGUCCUGGUGCCGGUCCCUACGGUCCUGCUGGUUACGGUGGUGGCGGCUUCCCAGCUCAACAGUAUGGCGGCCCUCCCAGCUCGUAUGCUCUGCCCUCUGGUAUGGGUGCGGCUAGCCCUUACCCUCCCAUGGGCGGUCAGUAUGUGCCCAACGGUGGCAUGCACUCGACUCCCUUUGACAGCCGCGCUGCUGAAGCUGCUUUUUCCUCGGCGGACCCCUACCCCGCUCAGGGUGCUCCCAACGGUGGCGAUGGUCGCAAUGACCCCUUUGCCUUUCUUUCAACCGGCUUCGGCUCUCUUUCCAUGAACGAUGAUCGGCGCAACGUCACUAACCCCGCCAAUAAGUCGCCGGCGUAAGUUCACUCGUACAUAGGUAUCGAUCGUCUGGAGCGCGUAUCUUGCGGUGCAAUUUGAUAUGGGUCG